UCCUUCAUGGACGGGUGGGUUCAGGGUGGUGAAAUCAGUGACGAGACAGGAAUGUAGACUCGCAAAACAAGGAAAACUCUGAUAUCCACUGUGAAGCGCUGGCAGUGGCCUAGAGAGACGUAACAGCUUUGCCGCCUACCCACGACCUGUUACGUACGGCCAGACAUGUUCGAAGCAGGAUAGAAAUGACAGGCGACCAGGAGACGAGGUUUUCCUCAGUCAACAGCCAGUGUGGAGGAUGGUGGCUACAGAACGGGGUCAUGAUCGGGUGGUAAAGUUAAAGACUUUGAGUUGAAUAUGGGCCUGUCUCGCAAGCUUGGAGGGUCCUCGAAACCCGAGCCGCUGAGUGAUGUGGAGUAUCAAUGGAGUACCCAGAGUUACACCCUGAAGGAGAUUCUGGGCAAGUUCAAGGUACCCAGGGUGGUCCAGUGCGCGUCUCCGUGUUCGGUACAGUUGUCGGAGUUUCAGUUCGACCUGCAGCAACCAUUACUUAUCUACAGCAAGCGGUAUGUACGGAAAGCCUACGCCAGGAAUCUCAAGUAUGAGAAGGCGUCCCAGGAAAUGAUGGCGUCUGGCCCCCCUGUCAUCAUUCCACAGGAUUACGAUGGUUGGUUCACCGUGGUCAACUCGGAGUCGGACACGCUGCCUCGCCACACCAGGAUAGAAACAAUCGCAGGAUGUCCCUCUGAGCGCUUCCUAGUGGGCACGCAACUCCCGGUACUUAUCCAUACUCCGGGCUAUGAUGGCGAGGCCCAGUACGUAGAGAGUGACGUCAUGCCAGGAGGGGUACUGCGCAAGACCGGUACUUGUGAGAGCGACGAAGCCAUGGCGGAAGUGAUGGUCACUUUGAGGAAAGGCAGACCGUGUUUACGAUGCACAGAUGAGAAAAAUGACGAUUUGAUAAUACCUUUUCACCACAGAGCAAAAAUGUUUGAAGUCUCUGACGAAACGUCACCUACUUCAAGCGGAUUGGUCAGCAUGAGACACGUGAUUGAGACUGGAGAGGCGUUAUUCCCGACUGUUUUACGUCACAUGUUCGGAGAACUGCCGGCUGUGUCUUAUUGCUUUACAGGAGACUUGAGACUGGAGAGGGUGUUUCACGAGGACAGUGUUCUUGCGUCCACACUUGACAAAGAAGCGCCAUUCCCACUUGAAAUUAAAACCGAUUCGAAGGUGCGCUUCACAAUUGCAUUAAACGAAGCAGACAUCAAACGAACGAGCGAUUACAACGACGCCUUUUGUGCAUGUGAGGAGCUUGGAGAUAAAUAUCUCUCGGGAAUGAAAGUGUCCUUCACCUUGCAACCGGAAAUGGUACCAUUGGAUCCACUUGAUUGGUCAAUGUCAGAAGCCGGAAGUGACGCAGAGGAUGUAGAUGCAAAGUCUGAAUUUGAGAUAGACUGGGACCCAGACAGGACAAAUAGUAUGAUUAACUUAGCGGAAAAGGCAGAGAGAAUGCCACAUCCGAAACCUGAUGUCGUUCUAACGGACAAACAUGAACGGCCUGGGGAACCGCAACACUCGCAGAAAUUAGAGAAUCGUUCCGGUAAAACCGACUUGUUUACAAUUGAUAGUGGAUUGAAAGACAUUGUUUCGUUGGAUGACAUGAGAGAGGAGAUUGUGUGAUUGGCCGUGCAGUAAAUGAGUUUACCCAACGUGUAAGAGUGCAAUAUUUCCGUGCGUGUAUUGCUCACAUGCCAAAUGGACAGCAAGUAAUCAAAUAGACCACGCAACUAUUAAUUCGUUUCUUGUAAAGUGAACAUCAUAAAAAUAUUUACACCUGACAAAAAGUUAUAUACCUUCCCUUCAUUUCAUAUAUCCCGAACUUCCGUGUAUAUUUUUGAAAUAUCUACCGUGACAUGACAUUUUGUUAAUAAUCUAAUAUACCACUUAUACCUGGUGAAAUAUUUCUCCAGAUCGACGCAAGGACCGAGUAAACCAGGGUGGUGAAAUCACCGUUGCCAUGAAACAGUUACAGAUAAUUACCAGAUAGCCGAUUUGGUUUUCCGUUUGUCAAUAAUUAAAGAGUCAUUUACAUACAAAGAAGACGAACUUCGUACAUAUAUUGAUGGACAUAAUUUCAAAAAGACUUUGUUUUAUGAAAAAUGUAAGCGGUGCCAUUUGGUUUUCUGUUUGUCAAUAAAACUGUGUCUUUCAAAAAACAAACACGACUGUAUUUCGUCACAAAAUUGACGAGAGGAUUUGAUUUCAAAAAUACUAUUUUGUAUGGAAAUAGUAAGCGGUGCUUUCCAGGCGUGUAUAUGUAUAAAAUAUUAUUCAUCUGGAGGGAAACGUUUUCAUGUCUACUAUGAUAUUAUUUUUCAUUUCCCCGCCGUGAUAUUGCUGGAAUAUUGCUAAAAGCGGCCUAAAACCAUACUCACUUACUCACUCAUUUUUCAUUUAACUUGCAUUAUGAUAAUCUGAGAACUAAUAACCUGAAAUAUCUACUGCAUUAUCUCUGUUGGCCUUGUGUGCACUCGUUGUACUGCACAUUGGGUCUCACUUGCAAACAGCGACCUCGGUGAUAGGGCACUUGUUAGAGUGUGUGAGGAACAUUCGUGUUUCGGUAUGGUAUGCUGUUCCAUGGAAUGAAUCCAUUAAUAGUUGAGCAAUGGGUGUUAUGCUGCUCAGCAUCUGUAAUAAAAUGUACUCAUUCAUUUACCAUGUGUGACAUGGGGGCCCAGAAGUCUAAGACGUCAUCGAAGUGCUGGGUUGCGUCCCUCAGUCUUGUAGGAACCAAAUUAAAUCGUAGGUUCGAAUACCGGAAUCGCCCUGAUUAUGAUUCCUUGUUUGUCCGCGCCAUAUCCUGCGGUUUCCCCAUAACUUGUAUCACUACAGUCUUUUCUACCACAUUAAGCAGACACGGUCUUAUAUAACUGAAAUAAUAAUGUCCAAAGCGGCGCUAAACCCAACUCACCCACUCACAAUGUGUCACAUUGGUUCUGGCAUGCUAUAUAAAUGAUACAUGUAAAUAAAUAUUGUUUGCGAUUUUUUUUAUCAUUUGCAGGCAGGAGUGGGAUGGUAAUAAUAAUUUCAGGCGAAAUUCAAGGAAAUAUUGUUACCAAGACUGUGAUUCUUAUUUAUGCCGAAUAUUUGGACAACGAUCAAAGUACUUACACUGUGUCAAUAAAAUCAAUGAAGCACA